GCGGAAACCUGGUCUCAUGGACAACCAGCCGCGCGCGGCGGUGGUUCCUCGCAGGUGGAUGGGUGGAGUUCACAGAAGUUAGAGCAAGAUGGCGCCGGUGUGUGAUCUAAGCCCGGAGAACCCGCGUUGAAGCAACAAUCCCCGCCUGGGAAAGGGUUAAUGCAGGGGGUGGAGUGUCGCCGCUCCCUCUAACGAGGUGACUCGCCCUCUUACGAGGUGACUCGCUGUAGCUGAGUCGGACGCGCCUCGCCGGCAAUGGAAAACGAGCUGAGCAGCAUGGAGACUAUGGAGACCCUGACGGAGCUCGGCGACGAGCUCACACUGGGCGAUAUCGAUGAAAUGCUACAGUUUGUCAGCAAUCAGGUUGGAGAUUUUCCAGAUUUAUUUUCUGAACAGUUAUAUGGCACAUUCCAGAGCAGCAGUGGAUGUAAUGGAGACAGAAUAUCAGAUACUUCACAGAAAGCCUACAGCCAGGGACAGAUACAAUCCUCUCCUAGCGCAGCUUCUCCACAACAGCUUCAGUCUGUGCAAGUGAAGGCCUCUCAGUCAACGGGCACAAUUCCUGCUCCACAACGGGCUGCACCUCCUCUUCAACCUCGCCCCCAAGUUCAACCCCCACUUCAGCAACAGACGGUGAUGAUUACUCCAACUUUCAGCUCUUCUCCCCAGACCCGGAUCAUUCAGCAACCUGUAAUAUACCAAAAUGCAACCACAAGUUUUCAAGUGCUGCAACCCCAGGUUCAAAGCUUGGUGACUUCCUCUCAAGUUCAACCAGUUGCCAUUCAACAGCAGAUGCAGACCAUGCAAGCUCAGAGGGUAUUGACACAGAGUACCAGCGGCACCAUCCAGACACUAACUCCAGCAACUGUCCAGGCAGUAGCUGCCCCUCAGGUUCAGCAGGUUCCAGUCCUAGUCCAGCCACAGAUAAUCAAGACAGAUUCUCUUGUCUUAACAACAUUGAAAACUGAUGGAAAUCCUGUUAUGGCUACUGUUCAAAAUCCAGCUCUGGCAACAAUAACCACACCCAUACAGACAACAGCUCUGCAGACCUUGGUUGGUAGCAAUGGGGCCAUUUUGACAACUAUGCCUAUGAUGAUGGGAGGGCAGGAGAAGAUGCCAAUUAAACAAGUGCCUAAUAACACCAAGCAGCCAGAACCACCAAAGGAAGGAGAAAGGCGAACAACUCAUAAUAUUAUUGAGAAGAGAUAUCGAUCAUCUAUAAAUGACAAGAUAAUAGAACUGAAAGAUCUAGUCAUGGGAACAGAUGCUAAAAUGCACAAGUCUGGUGUAUUGAGGAAGGCUAUUGACUACAUUAAAUAUCUACAGCAGGCUAACCAUAAAUUGCGACAGGAGAACAUGAUCCUUAAGCUUUCUAGCCAGAAAAACAAGUUGUUGAAGGGUUUUGACUUGAGCAGUCUAGUGGACAAUGAUGCGGAUAUGAAGAUGGACGAAUUCAAUCAAAAUGCUGUAUUGAUGUCUCCUCCAGCUUCUGACUCAGGAUCACCAGCAGGCUUUUCCCCUUAUUCAAUUGAUUCAGAACCAGGAAGUCCAUUAUUGGAUGAUGCAAAGGUUAAAGAUGAACCUGAUUCUCCACAUGUUGCUCUCGGAAUGGUUGAUCGCUCACGGAUGCUCCUUUGUGCUCUCACAUUCCUCUGUCUCUCCUUUAACCCCUUAACAUCUUUUUUGGAUGGCAAAGAAACACCGGACACUUACAGCACAGUACAUCAUGGUUCUGAGAGGAAAAUACAAGCAAUAAAACCAGAAUCAGGUGGCUGGUUUGGCUGGAUGAUGCCCACUUUGAUCUUAUGGCUUGUGAACGGUAUCAUUAUCUUGAGUGUAUUCAUAAAGCUGUUAGUGCACGGAGAGCCAGUGACACGACUGCAUUCUCGUUCUUCUGUGACUUUUUGGCGGCAUCGGAAACAGGCAGACCUUGACUUAGCUAAGGGGGACUUUGCUGCUGCUGCAUCAAAUUUACAUAUCUGUCUUUCUGCCCUGGGCCGAGCGUUGCCUGUUUCUCGUUUUGACUUGAUCUGUAGCCUUUCCUGGAACAUUAUUCGUUACAGUCUCCAAAAAUUGGGAUUAGUACGUUGGCUGCUAAAGAGGACAUCACAGCGGAGACGAGCAACAGAGACGCCUCUUGGCUUUGAAGAUGAAGCCAAGACUAGUGCGCGAGAUGCCACAUUAGUGUAUCAUAAACUUCAUCAACUCCAUAUUACAGGUAAGCUUCCGUCCAGUUCAGCUUACUCAGGAUUGCACAUGGCGUUGUGUGCUGUAAACCUGGCAGAAUGUGCAGAGGAGAAGAUUUCACCAAGUACCCUGGCAGAGAUCCAUCUAACUGCUGCAGUUGGCCUGAAGACUCGCUGUGGUGGCAAGCUGGGCUUCCUGGCGAGUUAUUUCUUAAGUCAAGCUCAAAACUUGUGUACUUCUGAGCAUAGUGACAUCCCUGACUCUUUACGCUGGUUGUGCCAUCCUUUGGGGCAGAAAUUUUUUGUGGAACGGAGCUGGACAGUGAAAGCUGCUGCUAAGGAUAGUCUGUACUCCACUCAGAGGAACCCAGCUGAUCCCAUUGCACAGGUACACCAGGCAUUCUGUGAGAACCUACUGGAGAGAGCUGUUGAAUCCAUUGUGAAACCUCAGAUUCCCAAAGGGGCUACAAGCCAUGAUGAUGAAGCACCUUGUGAAUUUGCUAAUGCUUUGGAAUACUUGACAUUACUAAGUUCUUUUGUGGAUUCUUUGGGAGUGGAAUACCACCUUUUCUGGAAAUUCUGUCCUGAAGUCUGCCCUAGCUCCUGAUGUAGUCUGCAGAUGGUGGUCAUCAGCAAUCACAAUGAUAAUCAGCUGGCUCAAGGGUGAUUGAUACAGCUGUGAAAUCUCAGUUAUCAAUGUGGAACGAAUUCCUAAAUGCUUGGAGAU